AUGGCUGCGAAGGGCGCACACGGCUCCCACCUGAAGGUAGAGGGCGAGCUGGAGCGCUGCCGCGCCGAGGGCCUCUGGCACCGCGUGCCCCUGCUGGUCCGGCAGAUGAAGGCGCUGGUCGUGCACGGCGGCAUAGGCAACCGGAGAUCCCUCCCCAGCGCCUUGUUCACCUCCCAGGACACCGAUGACUUUGAAAAAUUGCUCCUGGCCGAGUCCCUCCUGGAGCAGUGUUUGAAGGAGAACAAUGCCAAGAUAAAAGACUUCAUCCCUUUGCUGGAGAAGAAUGAGCCAAAGAUGAAUGAAGCCAAAAACUACCUGAGUAGCGUCCUCAACCAUGGGAAGCUGUCGCCGAGGUACAUGUGUGAGGCCAUGCUGAUCCUGGGCAAGCUGCAUUACGUGGAGGGCUCCUACCGGGACGCCAUCAGCAUGUACGCGCGGGCCGGGAUCGAUGACAUGUCCAUGGAGAACAAGCCCCUGUAUCAGAUGCGGCUGCUGGCGGAGGCCUUUGUCAUCAAAGGCCUCUCCCUGGAACGCCUCCCCAACUCCAUCGCCUCCCGCCACCGCAUGACUGAGAGGGAGGAGGAAGUGAUCACCUGCUUCGAGAGGGCCUCCUGGAUCGCCCAGGUGUUCCUGCAGGAACUGGAGAAGGUCGCUAAUAACACCACGUCGAGGCACCUGAAAGGCUCUCACCCUGUGGACUACGAGCUCACCUACUUCCUGGAAGCUGCCCUGCAGAGCGCAUACGUGACAAACCUGAAGAAGGGGAACAUCGUGAAAGGCAUGAGAGAGCUCCGGGAGAUCCUACGGACCAUGGAGACCAAAGCAACUCAGAACUUCAAAGUGGUGGCGGCCAAGCACCUGGCCGGGGUCCUGCUGCACUCCCUGAGCGAGGAGUGCUACUGGAGCCCCCUGUCCCAGCCUCUGCCCGAGUUCAUGAAUAAAGAGGAGAAUUCCUUCAUCAUGCAAGCCCUGCGCAAGCCUCACCUCUACGAAGGAGACAACCUCUACUGCCCAAAGGACAACAUCGAGGAAGCCCUCCUGUUGCUCCUCAUCAGCGAGUCCAUGGCUACUCGGGACGUGGUGCUGAGCCGGGCGCCGGAGCAGGAGGAGGACCGGACGGUGAGCCUGAGGAAUGCGGCGGCCAUCUACGACCUCCUGAGCAUCACGCUGGGCAGGAGGGGGCAGUACGUCAUGCUGUCGGAGUGCCUGGAGCGAGCCAUGAAGUUUGCAUGUGGAGAAUUCCACCUUUGGUACCAAGUGGCCCUCUCCAUGGUGGCGUGUGGGAAGUCAGCCUACGCCGUGUCGCUGCUACGGGAGUGUGUGAAGCUGCGGCCCUCGGACCCCACCGUGCCCCUGAUGGCUGCCAAGGUCUGCAUCGGGACGCUGCACUGGCUGGAGGAGGCGGAGCGCUUUGCCAUGAUGGUGAUCGACCGCGGGGAGGAAGCUGGGGAGUUCCUCUCCAAGGCCUACCUGGCGCUGGGUCUCACCUACAGCCUGCAGGCCACCGACGCGACUCUGAAAUGCAGGCAGGAUGAGCUGCACCGGAAAGCACUGCAGACGCUGGAGAGAGCCCAGCAGCUGGCACCUGACGACUCCCAGGUCAUCCUCUAUGUCUCCCUGCAGCUGGCCCUCGUCCGACAGAUCUCCAGCGCCAUGGAGCAGCUGCAGGAGGCCCUGAAGUUGUGCAGGGACGAUGCCAACGCGCUCCACCUGCUGGCUCUCCUCUUCUCCGCCCAGAAGCACUACCAGCUCGCGCUGGACGUCAUCAACAUGGCCAUCACGGAGUACCCCGAGAACUUCAACCUGCUGUUCACCAAGGUGAAGCUGGAGCAGGUACUGAAAGGCCCAGAGGAAGCCCUCGUGACCUGCAGACAAAUGCUGCGCCUCUGGCAGGCCCUGUACAACUUCUCCCAGCUGGGAGGCCUGGAGAAGGAUGGCAGCCUCGGCGAGGGCGUCAUGCUGAAGAAGCAGAGUGGCCUACACCUGACUCUGCCGGAUGUCCACGAUGCAGACUCCGGCUCUCGGCGGGCAUCGUCCAUCGCAGCCUCGCGGCUAGAGGAGGCCAUGUCGGAGCUGACUAUGCACAGCUCUGUUUUGAAACAGGGCCCCAUGCAGCUGUGGACCACACUGGAGCAGAUCUGGCUCCAGGCUGCUGAGCUGUUCAUGGAGCAGCAGCACCUCAAGGAGGCCGGUUUCUGCAUCCAGGAGGCCGCGGGCCUCUUCCCCACCUCGCACUCGGUACUGUACAUGCGGGGCCGGCUGGCCGAGAUGAAGGGCAGCCUGGAGGAGGCCAAGCAGCUGUACAAGGAGGCGCUCACGGUGAACCCCGACGGCGUGCGCAUCAUGCACAGCCUGGGUCUGGUCCUGUGUCGGCUGGGCCACAAGUCCCUGGCCCAGAAGGUGCUGCGGGACGCCGUGGAAAGGCAGAGCACCUGUCACGAGGCGUGGCAGGGCUUGGGCGAAGUGCUGCAGGCCCAGGGCCAGAGCGAGGCCGCCAUCGACUGCUUCCUCACCGCCCUGGAGCUGGAGGCCAGCAGCCCCGUGCUGCCCUUCUCCAUCAUCCCCAGAGAGCUCUGA